AUGAAUUUCAUCAAUCAUGCAUUAGGAUCAUCUAAUGCAAGCGGUCCUGAUUUUGUUCGAUCGAUACCCGGCGCCUUCCCUAAUCAAUCAAGAAAUGGUAAUAGUAACACCGAGUCAGGUACUAACCAUAAUAAUGGAUCUACCGAUGGAGCAACUGCUCCAUCAAGAAGUUUAGCGUUCUUUAAAGUAAUCUACAGAAUCCCAUUGCUAUUACUUUUCUAUUUCAUGAAAGUAUCGCUCGUAUUGUUCACAACCACCAAGAGUUUCUUAAAAUACGAGGAGUUUUAUAAAAAAGCCAAACUUGAACAUAAGGUUGAGCUAAAUGACAUCAUUGAUACGAUAUCCAACCAGGCCAUUCCACUAGAUGAUAAUUCUUCGUACACUUUUGCAUCCUUAUACAGUGUCGAAAAUGGACGAUUUAAUAAAGGAUAUAUGAGAGACAGUUACACUGAUUUACUCGCUGGCACAUCAGAUCAAGCAACAUUUGGAAUGAUAUAUUUACAUGACCCGUUAUUAGACGAUCCAAUGCAAUAUGUCAAUGAUAUACUAUGUACGGAACCAUUCAUUACUCUUAUUCAAAAAUUUCAAAUGUUACUAUGGAUCGGAGAUGUUACCAAAUCUGAAGGUUUACAAGUAGCAAACUCUUUAAAAGUAAGGAAAUUCCCAUUUUUGGGAUUCAUAACUUUGAAAAAUGAAAGUAAAGUUGAAUUGGUAAAAAGUUAUCAAGGCUCUUUGAUAGAAUGUGACUAUUCCUCGCAGUCACUAGAAAAUAUUCUAACUAAGGCAUAUCCAAAAUUAGUUAAUAUAAGGCAACAAAGACAGAAUCAAGCAAUGGAGAGCCUAAUAAGAGAACAACAAGAUGCUCGAUACCAAACAUCUCUCAAUAGAGAUCAAGAAAGAGAGCGUCGAAGAGUACAGGCAAGAGAACGCGAACAAAUGGAAAGGCAUAGAGAAAUUCAAGAACGACAAUGGCUACUUUGGAGGAAAGCAAGAUUACAUCCAGAACCAGUUGGAAACGAAAUCAAUUCCUCUAGAAUAGCACUUCGGGUAGAUGGGAACCGUGUAGUUAGGAAAUUCGAUUCUAGUUUACCGAUUGAAGAAAUAUAUGCUUAUGCAGAAUUAUAUUCGAAAGGGCUACUUGAAGCUGACGCUGAAUAUGAUUCCCAUGAUGAAUAUCCCUCGGGCUAUGAUCACGAAUACACUUUCAAGUUAGUGUGUCUAGCACCAAGGAAAGAAUUAGACCCAUCAACAAUAAUCUCUGAAGAACCUCUAAUUUAUCCAUCUGGGAAUGUAGUUAUAGAAGACAUUGGAGAGAUUUGA